AUACUUGGCAUAAAACCGAGUUUGAGUUCCGGCUUGACCGGAGUGAUAAGCUAGCGGUGAUAUAAAGUAGAACGAAAAAAAAUAUAGUUUGCAAAAAAAUAUAGCAAAAAUUUGCAAAAAAUGCAGCAGACGCAAAAAGGAUAUUCCGUGCUGAAAAACAUUCCUGAAGAGAAAGCAACCGAUAAUGUGACGGCAUCAUCAAAACUUGGGAGACAUGCUAUGCUUUGGUACUGGGCAAUUUUCACCUUAAUCGCCACCCUCGUGUUUGCAUGGGCCAUUUUGAUGACUGAAUUUCAAUCCUCGUGGUCAUCUCGGAACCGCGAGGAUAACGAUUUGGACCUCAACUACGAUACGAAUUGGGACAAACUUUUUAAUUUUGAGGGUGAAAAAGAAUCGUCACUUCUUGGCACGAAAGUUGACCCAGGUCUUCUCUUGGACGCUGCCGACGUGUUGGAAGGCCUCACGAAAAACUCCGUCAUCACCGGAAACGCAUGGACGGCUUGGACCACCGUGACCGAUACGCCUGCUCGACACGUCUGCAAAAUGGAUGACGGCGUGGAAAAUUCAGAGUUAGAUUUUGUCGUGAAGAGAAUUACGAUUUUCCGACAGUGGUCACCCGACACGCCGGAAAUUACUGUCACGACGCAGUGCAGUGUUCCUUCAGGGGUCAAACUUACCGGAAUUGUGGCGCUGGAUCAUUGGACCAGUGGGGAUGGAGCGAGUUGCAAUAUUCAACCGACCAAUUUGACGGUGACUUUGAAGGCCCAAUUGCACAGGGGAAUGCACUACCAUAUUUUAGUGAUUGGGAGAAAUAGCACGAAAAAUGGGGAGAAAUUGGAUUCGGAUGAAAUUGAGAGUAAAUCGGAUGAACUGUUUGAUUAAAUUUUUUUUGUUAUCGAAAUAUUUAUGUUAGUAAUUAAAAAAAAGUUUGUAAUUUAUUACUCCAUGAUUCUGUAUCUCUCAUUAAUUGUACAAAAAUUAUUAGGAAAUACAAAUCUUUUCGUUGUACAAAAAA